AUGGCGAUAAAAGACAGACUGUUCGUUCGGCUCUUAAUAUUAUCGCUGUUACCGCUGUUAAAUCUCUGUCUCUACGUCUAUUUCAUUCGUUCCGGCAAACCUGGAGGGGACACAAAUGACAAGUCCGAUAAAGGCGUCUCUGAUUUCAGCCGACAGUUAGUGAUGCUUCUUGGAAAUGAGACAUCCACUAUCGAUGAAUCGUUUAACUGGUCCAAUAAGCAAGUUGAAAUCGAAGCUUGUAAUCGAAAUACGUCUUGCUUGCUACAGUAUCUACAUAAUUCAGGUUUUCCAACGGAUUUAAAAUUUAUUCUGAGUAAUCCAUAUAAAUGCGAGAGAACCGACGUCGCAGAGGCGGACAUUUUUCUCCUGGUGCUUAUUACCUCUCGCGUUGCCAAUUUUGAACGUCGUGCCACGAUCAGGCAGACGUGGGGAGGCACGGCGUUUGUAGCGAGCAAUAGAGUUGCGACUAUGUUUUUAUUGGGUAACGAUAAUAAUGAUAAACUGCGAAAAAUGGUGCGACACGAAAAGGAACAGUUCGACGAUAUUAUAAUGGGGGACUUCGUGGAUUCAUAUCACAACCUCACUCUAAAAAGCAUCAUGGGAUUGAAAUGGGCACGUUACUACUGCCCAAAAGCAAAGUACGUUCUCAAAACCGACGACGAUGUGUUUGUUAACUAUGUCGCAAUGGUAAAUUUUCUACUCAGCUCUAAUAGGUCGGAUUUUGCCGUGGGUUAUGUGUAUUUGCACGAGUCGCCGAAUCGCAACGCUUCUCACAAAUGGUUCAUGUCUCCUGAGCUGUUUCCUAGCAACGAAUAUCCUCCAUUUUGUUCCGGUACCGGUUACGUCAUGUCGUCGGACGUACUUCAACGGACGUACGACGCAGCGCUACAAACACCGCUACUGCCGCUGGAAGACGUUUACGUCGGUGUUUGCUGGGAAAAGAUUGGCAUUGUUCCGCGUAGCAACCCUGGAUUCCGUGUUUACAGGCAGAAACUCAGCGCGUGUAUUUACAGUACGCUGCUCACCAUACACGCAGUGUCUGUCCGUGAAACACGACAAAUCUGGAACUUUGUUCAGACUCGUUUUCCCGGUGGAUGUAGAGAGAUCCUUGACAUACGGAAUAUAUUUUCCCCUAUAUUUGAAGAUUCCACUGACGUCUUGUGA